UGUUAUUCCCGCUCUAUACCAGUCUUCUCAGCGAUAUGGGCGUCUUUAGGUCCAACCUCCUUUCAAGGAACCCCGAGAGGUGGAGCUAUGGGAUUUGUAGCCUAACCUACUGUAUUUAGUUACAUAAUUAGCUUUGAUAAUCUUGUUUCUAUUCUAUUCCUAUGUUCUAUAGUGUCUGUUUAAUUCUAUUGUUAUUUUAUAUUAUAUUAUGUUAUAUUCUCAGCUCACUUGUCCUUUACACCCGUCCUUUCUACCCUCCUACUUUCCUUGAAGCAAUAAAGUUCCUAAAGUAAUGUCGGGAGGAAGAAUGAUGUGUGAUUGAUAAAAGACCGGGUCCAAACUACAAAGGUUGUCCCGCGCGACACCUCCUGGUCGGCGACUGACAAUCACGGGACUGUCAGUCUGUCCCGCGGAGCUUCAACUUUCCGUUCAAACAGAAAGUCGGGAAUGUUGCAUUUUUUUCUCCAGGAUUUCGUUGGGUAAAAACCAGGUGUGAAUAGCUCUGUAAUGUGAUGAAGCAGAGAGGAAGAGGAGGAGAAGAAGGAUGAAGGUGAAUUCUCACCACCUAACCUCCCUGUCUAAGGGCCCUGCUAGCAGCUUCGACAGAGAGGGGAGACUGAGGGUGGGGCGGGAGACACAGGAGGGACAGGGGAGACCACAGGGCAUGUGUGAGAGAUGGUGUCGUUUGAGAGGAAACCUCCUCUUCAUCAUGAAGAAACCUCAACAGAUAUCUGCUUUAGAGGAGGUGUUGGUUCUAGAGAGAUGUCAAGUUCUGGAGAGCACAGACAACAACAAUGGACUACUUAUUAGGUUUGACAGUGGAGAGCCAGGUGUGUAUGUAGAGUGUGUGAAUUCAGGUGAGGUUAACUCCUGGCUGGUGGCUCUGAGAGAAGCUAACUCUGAGGGGUUAACCAACCGGAUCAGACACCUCCGGACACAACUCAUGGAUACAGCCGGGAAUAGCGCUGUAAAUUCCGUCGGAAAUGCAGAGACCACUGUCGCUGAUGCUGUGUGUCCUGCUAAACAGUCUCCAUUGGAGUUCAGUAUUGACUGUAGGGGUCUGUCUAUAGGACACAAGGAGAAGAGACCCCACGCGGUGGUGCAGGUGUCAGUCAUCAACACACAGACACACACCAUCACUGACUACUGCUGUACGGAGAUAGUAGAGAGCACCAGUGACCCAGUGUUUCUGACGGGUGUGUGUAUCUCUCCUGACCACCCUUUCACCCUGGACACGACACUCAAACUGACCGUCUAUCACGCCAAGGUCAAAACACACGACACGAGGAGCUUUUUAGGCUUCAGCUGCUUCUCCAUCAGAGAUCUACUCAGGACCAAUGAGCCUCAGCUCUCCCUCAGCCUCAGGUCUGCGGACGGAACGAGUGAGGUCGGGAAGGUGAAGCUGGGUCGUCUGCAGAUGAGAGACAUGGAAAACAGAGAGGGGGAGGACACCACUUCAGACAUCCAUGGACACAAGUGUCCUCUCCUGUGUGAUUCCCUCCAUGGCUCCAUGCACGACAGAGACAACAGUCCCAUGAUGAGGGCAGUGUUCAGGAGCACAGUCUGUAAAGUGUACCGGUUCCAGACCGAGGCUAGCAGGUGGAUGCUGGUGAGAGAACAGAUGAGCGAAAGCCCUCUGUCCUCCAGUCUACCCAAACAGCUUCUGUCCUGCUACAUACAAGAGGACAUGAGGAGGGUUCAGGAGCUUUGCGACCUGUGUGACCUUUCACCCUACUGGGAUCGGUUAAGGACUGAUGUUAUCGCCCACUACAGUCAGCUGAUCAGCACCUACCAGGAAACACUGACAGAACUCAACAAACUGACAGGCUCGUCCUGCUCCUUUAAGGCCAGCUGUAGUAAGAGUGACAGAUAUCUAGAGUUUAUACCUGUCAACCUGCACACACAGAGGAUGCAGGUUACCUGCUCACGGAGAACAGUAUGGUAUGAUGUUGUGACAGUAGGAGCACCAGCUGAUCACUACCAGGGGUUUAAACACGGUGGGCUACAGAGGCUGCUCAACAAACCAGACAGCGACAACAAGAGUGUUAGUGCAGCAUAUUGUUGUAUCUCCUACUCACCAGAGGAGAGCUCCAGAGCCAGGGAGGUACUGAGUAGUGUCUCCCAGCUCCAGCCUCUCAUCUCUGGGCUAACUGAGGAAAUACUGCAGGCUGCUCUGGAAGUCAACUCCCAAAGACUACAGAACAUACUGCACAGCCUGGCACACAGGACUGAUCAGUUUGUUCACACUCUGAAAGAUGAGCUGGUAAAGAACGCCCUGUUGGCUCUCCACACGGCAAGGCCCGCCUACCACCUCAGCAACGGACACGCCCAUGUAACCCACGGCAAUGGGACGGGUCCCAGGCUCUCCUCGGCCAAUCAGGACGGGUUACGGCUGUCGAUACGGCGACAGGAAUCCAUCCCCCAACACACGGCGUAUGACGAGGAAGAAGAGUGGGACAGGGUGUUGGCUAACGUUGCUAUGAGUCUGAACUGCAUCAUCGCCAUGGUGGACCGGCUACAGGAGAGGGAGCACAGGAAACAGGAAGUGACCUCACAGACACAGAAUGAUGUCACCACCACCUCACAGAACACUGACCCUUCCUGCUCUCCUUGGCAGGCCUCUCUCGCCCCUCUUCCAGACUCUUCCCGCGCUCCUUGGCAGGCCUCUCUCGCCCCUCUUCCAGACUCUUCCCGCUCUCCUUGGCAGGCCUCUCUCGCCCCUCUUCCAGACUCUUCCCGCGCUCCUUGGCAGGCCUCUCUCGCCCCUCUUCCAGACCCGUUCCCUUCGUGGCAAGAACAACUCCUCCCUCUAGUUGUGACUCUGAAGGAGUGUGUGAGUGACGCGGUGGAGAGGGCCCGGUGUGCCAUGACCUUCGUCCUCCUACAGGGGGCAGCAGCAUCAGCCUGCCACGGUCAGGCCCUGACACACAGACGAGAUGCUGUCUUCAGCCAGGCACUGUGUGCGGUGGUGUGUGGGUUUGUAUUGAGGCUGUACUCAGGUCUGGAGGAUAAAGUCUUCCUGCUGCAGCUCUGUGAGGUUGGGCUCAUCACACAGUUUGAAGGACUGCUCAGCACCUACAGUGAUGAGGUGGGUAUGCUAGAGGAUAUGGAGAUGGGAGUAUCAGACCUGAAUAGAGUCUCCUUCAAAAUAACUGAAGCCAAAUCAGAACAACCCACAGAUCUACUGCCCUCUGUCACUGGACUACGGGGUUGUUUUUGUGUGGAAGUCCCCUUGCCGUCGGAGACGUACCUGUUGUUACCAGGGGAACUGAGAGAUGGGCGGGACUUAAGAGUUCACCCGUUACUGUUUAACAUCGGCAUCAACCAGCAACAGAGUCUAGCCGAGAGGUUCGGAGACAGUUCUCUCCAAGAAAGGAUCAACCUCAGAAGCUGUGAGAUGUUGAAGUCCUACUACAAGACCCUGAGAGACAAACUACCCAACUUGACCCUGCCCUGGUCCCGGUCCCCGUUAGCUGUGGAGGACUUGUUGUGUUCUCUGGAGCAGUCUUUGGAGAUGAAGAAGAGGAAGAACGUCGAGGUCCUGUGGCUCGCUGCCUCCGUGUGUAGGAGGUUGAAUGGUGUCAGGUUGACCAGCUGUAAAAGUGCCAAAGACAGGACCUCCAUGUCUGUGACUUUAGAACAGUGUAUGUUGCUAAGAGACGAACACACACUCAGCAAGGAGCACUUUAACAGAGCACUGGACUGCAUGAGGAGGGAGGGCUGUAGAAUGGAGAACGUUGAGAAGAACAUCAGAAGCAGGAAGUAUGCUUUCAACAGCAUCCAGCUGAAGACCUUCCCUAAACCCUACCGCCCUCCGGAGGGCACCUACGGGAAAGUAGACACUUAGGAGGAGGACGAGAGAGAAGGGGUGGAAUGAUUGAGGGAUGAAUGAAGGAUGGAUGGAGAACUAUAGAGGGAUAGAAGGAUGAAGAGACUGGAAAAUAGACACUUAGAAGGAGGACGAGAGAGAAGGGGUGGAAUGAUUGAGGGAUGAAUGAAGAACGGAUGGAUGGAGAACUAUAGAGGGAUAGAAGGAUGAAGAGACUGGAAAAUAGACAUUUAGGAGGAGGACGAGAGAGAAGGGGUGGAAUGAUUGAGGGAUGAAUGAAGGAUGGAUGGAGAACUAUAGAGGGAUAGAAGGAUGAAGAGACUGGAAAAUAGACAUUUAGGAUAACAUGGAGGGAAGUGUUGUAUGUUUAAUUCUGUAAAUAUUGAGUUUGACAAAAUAAUGAAACACAUUUUUAAAAGCUCAAGUGUUUUCACAUGAAGUAAUUUUAUUUUAUAGUAGCCUACUAUAUCUAGUUAGGAAGCGAGGAAGUCCAUAUGAUGGUGCAACAACACGUUCCGACCACUAGAUGGCGCUACUCGUGUAGCUCAGCCAAUACCGCCUGAAACUCUGUCUCCCUCCAGCAGGUGGCGUUUUUUCAUUGUGUCAAUGAAUAGUGGACUAUUGUCAACAAAAGACAUGAAUGGCUUAUUUGCUAAGUGAUGUUUAUUUGAUUGAACAGAAGUUUGGGUAAUACUUAAGUUGUUAUGAAAUCUACUGAUAUAAGUAGGGACAACGUGACAUCCCGGCUACUUCGAGGAAAAAAAACAUAUAAAAAUUGUGUAAUAAAAGUCUACCAUCACACAUUCACAUUUUGUUGUAUUAAAGAUAGAUAUAGAUUAUAGGUUAGAUUAGAUAUAUUUAGAAUAGUUUUCAUUAGUAAUGUUUUGAUCGACACCAAACUACUCUAUAAUGUCAAAGUGAAAAGAAAAUUCUACAAAUUGUUACAAAUGAAUAAAAAAUGUUACGAAAAA